UUUCCAAAGUCAUCCUCUGUAGCCUCUUCACUGAAUGUCCUUAUAUUCAUGGUAGAUGAUGUGGUAUAAGGUCACGGUGCCUAGGGAUUAGAAAAAAAUAGUGAAUAGUGAAACUGGACGCUAUAGACUAAAUGGAUUAGUAAUAGCAGCCAACGACGGUAGAAGGAUGAGUGGCGUUGGCGAUACAAGUAUUCAGCAGAAGAGAUGGUGGUUGGUUGGCGAUGAAUGAAGAAAAUAAAGAUUAGGGAGCUAGGGUUAGGGGUUGAAUGAUGAAAAAGAUGUAUUUUUAGUAAGGUAAGAUGUGUACCAAACAGAUUAUAAGAUUUGAAAUUCAUUAAUAUGCACUAAGAUGAGGGGAUUUGUUAUAUAGAAUUACCACUUUCUUUGUCCUGCGACCACCAGAAUUAUGAGGUCCAUCGAGUAAAGAUACGGGUAUGGUACGGCCAAAACUAGCCGUCUAAGGGAAGAGCAGUUUGGAAUUUCAGCCUAAAAACCAUGGCCUCUGUUCCACAGCCUUCGUGGUUUUAUUAUUAUACUAAUACCCUAUCAGUAAGACCCACCAACACCAACACCAACACCAAAGCAAACCCCUCCAGAAACUGCACAUUCAAGGCCCUCAAAGCCUCGUCAUCCUCUUCCAAUGCUGAAUCUUCACUACCAAAACCCAAACCCAAUUCUUCAUAUUCACCAGAAAAGUCAUCCCAAGCGGAACCUAGCAAAACCCACGACCCAGUGAAGCUCGCAUUUGCCAAAGCUACGGCCUACAAGAAAUCGAACCCAACUCCCAACGUUAUUAUUGUUCAAAAUCAAAACCCACUUUCACUUUCGGAAUCUGAUGAAACUGGAAUUACAAAUGAGCUUGCCUGUAACGAGAUGGAGAAAGAAAAUGAGAAAAACAAUGAAAUCAUUGCAGGUAGCAGCAGUGGAAUUGCUGACAAGAGUGAAGCAUUAUUUUCAGAAUGUGCUAAAUUAGAUACUAAAAAUGAUGGGUCACCGUCGGAAGUUACUAUUGGUGGCAAUCAGGAGGUCCCGGCUUCUGUUAAACUGGGAAUGGAGAAAGCAAAAGAGUAUCUGAAGAACAAAGGAGUAAUGGGAAGUAGUAAAAGUGUGGAGGAAAGUCAAACGAAUUCAGGAUUGAAGGGAGGAAAUGCAUUAUUUGAUAAGAUGGUCGCUACGAAGGAAGAACGAAAGAUUUCAAGCAUUGAUUUUAUGGGGCUUGACUUUGGGGAAAAGAAGAAGAGCAGGGGUCUUCCAGCUGGGUUGGUUCCAGUGGCAGAUUCAUUCCCAGAAAGAGAUUUGCGUGAUGUAGAAAUACUUGUUGGGGACACUAGCAACUUUGGAAAUGCUACAGUGUCAAAGCCAAGUUCAACCGAGGAAGACCAGUCAGAUAUAUACAAGCCAAAGAUUUCGACAUGGGGGGUUUUCCCUAGACCUAGCAACAUUUCAAAAACUUUUGGUGGCGGAAGAGUUAUUCGCCCUGGGGAGGUGCUGGAAACAUCAGAAAAUAAAUCUGCUAAAGAGGAGCAUACAAGAGAACUUCUUGCUGCAUACAAGAGCAAAGUUGGAUUAAGCAUUGAUCCGAAGUUAAAAUCUGAAUGCAAGAAGGUAUAUGGUUGCCUUUCACACCAUGUAUUUUUAUGUAAGAUAGAGGUCCAAUAUCUUUGUAACAACUGCUGGAUAUUUGCAUGCUCUACAUUAAAGAUGCUUCUUAGAGUUUCACCUCUGCUGGCAUUGUUUACUACUAUCUACCAGAAGGGGGGAAAAAAAAAAGAAGAGAGUGAACUUCAUGGGUUGGCUGCUUUGCAGUGGUCUAUUUGUCAAGACUCACUCAGUAGGCCCAAUGAGGCUCGAGUCAUGUAUGAGAAGCUUCAGUCCCACCCAAAUGUUAAAGUGAGCAAGAAAGCAAAGCAAUUCUUAUUUGCUUUCCAGGCCAUGGAAAUGAUGAAAAUGAAGAGCACAACUCUUUCUCCAAUAAACACCGGUUACCAAGAUUAUUUUGAAGCAUUUAUUGAAGAUAAAGCCAACCACGGUUUGAAAGAUGCUGAAGUUGAAGAAAGUGCACUGAAUCAAGCCCUCCCAUAUAUUAUUUUUCUUGCUUCUCCUAUCUUAGUUGUACUACUUGUUGCUGCUGUUCAGAAGGGGAUAUAAUUCUGAAAUUUUACACUCAAAGAGGACCCAUGCAUUUUACAGUUUUGUUUUUUCCCCUUCAAAUGUAUAUUGGCUCCAAUUAUCCCUAUUCCUCUUGUAACACAACAUUCUUUAUCAACUAGCAGAUUGAAUGAAUACAUAGUAGCUCCUCUAUGCAUAAUGUGGAGCAGCUAUAAGACAUACAUGA